GUAGGCUAAUAGAAUGAAGGGAGAAUAUUCUAACACAACCCCUUAGCCUACAGAGUGCCAUAAGUCUUGGGAAGGUGAGGAGAAGCAACCCCUGAAUCAGGUAGUCCCCUGUGAGGGAGGGGCAAGACCCAGAAGGCGAAGGAGAGCUGCAUGGGGACGACGAGGGAGGGCCUUGGUGAAGAUGUCUGCAAGGUUGGCUGAAGAGUCAAUCUUGCGCACGGUGAGGUGUCCAGCCUGGACGAGCUCACGAACGAAGUAGUGUCGGAGCUCGAUGUGUUUGGAGCGACCAUGGAAAACGGCUUCCUUUGUGAGGUGGAUAGUACUGGCAUUGUCGCACCAGAUGGUGGGACAGGGCUGGGGAGCAUCCAGCUCAGCGAGGAGGAAGCUGAGCCACCGCGCCUCCUGGGCCGCCAUGGUGACGGCGUAGAGCUCUGCUUCGCAGGAGGAGAGAGCGAUCGAGGAGGAGCGGGUGGAGCGCCAGGAAAUGAGGCCGCUCCCGAGGGAGAAACCAUACCCCUUGAGCUGAGGAGGGGUGGGGCCACCCAAGGUGAGGACAUAGUCCUUGGUGCCUUUGAUGUAGCGGAGAACGCGCUUGGCCGCUUGCCAGUGCUCGGGAGUGUGUUUGCCAGCGCCGACAAAGCGCGCCAGGACAGUGAUAGGUAGCGGGCCUUAUAGAUCGGGUCGUCGCCAGGGAGGAGCUUGACCCGAAAUACCCAUUUGCCCUUGACCACGUUGUGGUUGAGAGGGCGGGGUACGUCGAUGAAGGUGCCGUUGCGGACAAAGGCCUCAUUCUCUUUGAGGACUGCCUUGCCCCAAUGAGGGUGGUCGGGGCAUUUGUUGCAUGAGUCUGCUUUGUGUCACGCUGUCGUUUGCUUGGUAGAGGCACUUGAGAUGGUGCCAUGCGAGUUCCGCGGAGUUUCCAUAGCUCCUGUAUGUUCUGAUGCUCUGCUGUUCUUGUGGUGACAGGUUUCUCAGGAGAACCG